UUCAGUUCGGAUUGAAUCAGUCAACUGCGGCCCACAAGCGGACGGCACCGGUACAAGCCACAGCGAAGCCUGUAUCUGCCUGUAUAUGUGAUUCUUUAGCGCACAAAAACUCUACCCCCAGUGGAUUUUGCUCUACGGUCCUACCACCAACGACUCCAGCACAGGACACAGGUCGUUCUACUACUGUUUCCGGAGUCUACACUAUGAACCUGUAAGAAAACACGCCGCACAAGCUAAGGAGAGCUCCAGUUGAAAAUGGUAGAAGGAUGGAUCCUUACAAACAACAUGACGAACUCUACCGAUCCCGUCUUUGGAUCAAGACUCUGGACGACCCCUCUUCCAGAAAACACUUCAAACACUACAGGCAACGGACCGCCAUGGACUGUCUCCCCCUCACUGGAUGACUCGGAGGGCUCCGUCUAUACUACUCAAUAUGUUGCAGGGCAAACCAGUGCAAUAAUUUUGAUAUUUCUCGCGUCUUGCGUGGGGAACUUUCUGGUGGCGUUCACGCUAUGGAGGAAAGCGUACCUACUGACGGUCAGCAAUAAGUUCGUCUUCAGCCUGACCGUGUCCAACUUCCUACUGUCCCUACUCGUCUUUCCGUUCAGUGCUGCCAGUGCGGUCCUGAGAAGGUGGAUUUUUGGGGUGGUUUGGUGCAAUUUCACCGGUUUCGUCACCGUGUUGGUCAGUUCUGCCAGCCUGCUCACACUCGGCAUUAUUGCAAUAGACAGGUACUACGCCAUAGUCCGACCCAUGAUGUACCCUGACAUCAUCACCCCACUGCGCGGGUACCAGCUGCUGUUCUACAUCUGGCUGCACGCUACUGUCAUCGCGCUGCCCCCGCUCUUCGGAUGGGGAAAAUACCAGUUCCAGGUGUCCAAGGCGAGCUGUGCCGUACAGUGGGACAGAAGUUUGUCUUACUCCAUCGUCUGGACCACGUCAUGUUUCGUCGCGCCGCUGCUCGAAAUGUUGUUCUGCUACUGGCACAUUCUCCAAGUCGCCCGGACAAAAUCGCGCAAAAUCCACGUCGGAAACCGCGGACCGGACGCCGACUCCCCCGACACCGGUCUACAGUGCCCCCUCUACGUCAGGACAGGUAAACAAUGGAAAGCCGCCAGAACUUUAGUCUUCGUGUUAGGCUCGUUCAUCAUUCCGUGGGCGCCCUACGCCGUGUGUCUGAUGUACCAGGCUGCGCACGGACCGGGUAGUCUGUCACCAUGGAUACAGAGCGUGGUGGUGUGCCUGUCGUUCUGCGGGAGCGUCUGUCACCCCCUGAUGUACGGGGUGUGGAACAGAACGGUUCGGAAGGAACUCGUGCUGCUGCUGUGCGGGGACGACAGGCUGUACGGCCGCAGGGGAUGGAGAAGCGGCCUAGGGCGACGGGGGCGGCGUGAGUCCAGGACCCGCGCUCUCAGCAUCUCCGUGCGCAUCACAGACCUGGGCAUGUCACAUCAGCUGAUAGCCGCCAUUGCCCUGCGGACUGAUACCUACAGCACCACAUCCGGGACAGACAACACCGGCAGGCGCACAAGUAUUCAUAGCGACGACUCAGGAACUACAUUGAUGACGCUAGAAGAUUCCAUUGGUUACGGAUCACCCCCCGCCAGUGAUACGUCACUUCCGUCACCCCCUCCGAUCGUGACGUCACUUCCGAAUGGUUCGUCAGACCACGUGGGCAUGACGUUGUCCAAUGGCUACGCUCCGUCAGCUACAAACGAGGACAUGUACCCGCUACCCCUGGAAAAGGCCCUUCAAAGGGGACGGAGACCGAGUAACACACUUAUUAAGGCUUCUCAAAGACCCUCUUUAGAGAGCAUAGAUGAGGGUUUAUGCAACGCCUCCUGUCUGGACGGACAAUAACUGCAGUAUUUUGUCAUUUUGUGAAAGACUCAACGAAUGAGGGGGCUUUCCUUAUCUUUCAUGCUCAGGUGCUAUCGAAGUAGAGUUAUGUGUUGUCGGAGUUAUCCAGUACAAUAGACAUACAAACUCGUAGUGUGGUCGUCUGUCGUCACAUGGCCCUUAAAACACUAGAGUCAAUGCAAUACGUGUUUUGUAGUUGCAAAGUUUUCAUCGAUAUUUCUGAUGUACAUUUGUUGUUCAAUAAACUGUCCUUUAUAUAAAAGAACUUUCCGGUUGA